UCUGUUCGAACUUUGUGUAUUCCAAGGGAAACAACUGUACACUUCCGGUGCGUUGAUAAUGUAAACAAAGGAAAAAGCAUCACUAGUUUGGUUCUGCAGCUUCAAUAACAUUUUCUGAGUAAUCUUCACUAUCAGACUUAGUCACCAUCUACUACAGCAGACCUGUGUUAAGGACGAGGCAGACAUUCUUCACAGGACCUGGUUGUGACAACCUUGUUUUCUGUGGACCUAAGUGCUUGGUACCACUAGACCCAAAUGUCUAGAGAUGAAAAGAAGAUGCACGUGUCAGAUGGGUUGGAGGUGCACGAGGCUGCAGCGACAGGUGAUGCUGACUCUUUAGUCGAGUAUUUACGUACCAACAAGUAUGACGUCAAUUUGAGAGAUGCAGACUGGAACGACCGUGCUGCUCUACACUGGGCUGCCUUGAGAGGUUUCGUAGAGUGUAUACGCAUCCUUCUGGAACAUGGAGCAGACGGAAUGAUCCGAACAGACUCAGGAUGGACUCCGGCUCAUUGUGCCGGAGAAACAGGCAAGCUGACAGUGCUGAGAGCUCUCCACAACGCUGGUGUUCCCCUAGACCUCACCGAUAAAUAUGGCGACACCCCUAGGGACAUUGCAGCCAUAUAUGGUCAUCAUGACUGUGUUCAGUUCCUUAAUCAUCUUGCUCAAGAAAAAGAAAAGGAGGAUUGUCAGACAUGAACAAUCUCAUCACAUCGUACAUCAUUUCAGAAGAUCGUAGGAUGUAAAAAAACUUUGUCAUGAAUAAUGUACAUAGUUUCAAAAGUAUCAUAGGAUGUGAAAACUCUUAUCAUAUAAUACAGGGUUUCAGAACAUCUUAGGAUGUGAAUAAUCUGAUAGUAUCGUACAUUGCUUAAGAAUCUCAACCAAGUGUUUUUUAUUGUACAAUCGGAGAUUCUUGAAAAAAAGAAGAAAAUGAUAAUAUGCAUUGAUUCAAUAAUAAAGAUGUAGUAUACUUCACAAAACCAAGUAUAAGUUUAAAACAACAUAGAGACAAAACUUUAACUCAUUCACCCCUGAAGACAGAUUUGAACUCUUCCCAUUCAAUAGUUGGAAUAGUUCAUUAUGAAAUUCAGGGGUGAAUGAGUUAUUCAGAUUUAUACAUUUACCAUAACACGAAUAAAUUCCACAAAUCUUGAUUAUGUGAUAAAAAUGAUCUUACACUCGUUUCAUUUCAUAUGAAAUUGAUGAAACUCGU